AUGCCUACCAAACACGGAAUGGAUCGCUAUUGGGCCAUGGUAGACUCGGGCCUCAGCAACGAUGACCUAUCUCUUCCCAAAGGUACGCUUUCGCUCUUCCUAGACACAAAUGACUUGCUUCCCUACGAAGUUGUGGAAACUGACAUCUCGAUUACAGCCACUGUUCAGAAGAUUGUGGGAGAAAUUCUGCCUUCUCAGGGUGGCGUAGCCUUCGCCAAAGAAGCCCGAGACCUACUUAUAGAAUGCUGCGUCGAGUUCAUCACCCUCAUUUCCUCCGAGGCUAACGAAAUUUCGGAGAAAGAGGCCAAAAAGACCAUCGCCUGCGAUCACAUCACCAAGGCCCUUGAACAGCUUGGCUUCUCCGACUAUGUGCCCGCCGUACUUGAAGCUGCAGCGGAGCAUAAAGAAGUUCAAAAGGGUCGAGAGAAAAAGGCAGACAAAUUCGCCAACAGCGGCAUGUCCAUGGAGGAACUGGCACGCUUGCAAGAAGAGCAGUUUGCACAAGCCAGACAGAGACACGGAUAA